AUGUCUCAACAACCAAGCAAAAUUAACGCAAAUGCUGAAUAUGCUAGUGGCGCCGUAAAAGAUAACGUUGGAAAAUCCAUUGGCUCCGAAGAUUAUCAAGCUCAAGGCUUGGCCAACAAAGAAAAAGGAAAUAAUGAAUAUAACGUAGCUGAAUCCAAUCAAACUAAAGGACCUUCCAAAACAACGGGAAAACUUCACGCCGUAAAAGGCGCGGUAAAAGAAUCAUUAGGAUCAGCUUUAAACAAUACCUCUCUUGAACAAACCGGUGCUCAUGAACGUAGAACCGGAAAUCAACAAGUAGAAACCGCUAAAGCCGGAAAUGUCGCUGGAGGUACUACCGGCAAAGUAAAAGGGACCGUUAAGGAAAAUGCUGGUUACGUUGCAGGAAAUCCGCAAUUAGAAGCCGAAGGGAAAGGUGACAGAAUCCAAGGGGAUGCUAAAUACGAAAUUAAUAAAUAA